AUGUUAUCUGGUCUUGAUGAUACAUUCGAGGAACUAAAAAAGUCUUUCAGUCGAUUACAAGAAGAAAGAAUAAUAAUUAAUGGGCAUUUGAGGAAAAAAUUAAAUGUUGGAUUGUCCAAAGAUGAAGUUUUAGUACAAUUGGAGGCAUUUUUGACACCACCGGUUGAGUUUUCGAUAGAAUGGUUGAAUCAGCUUCAAGUAUAUGUUGAAAAAGAAGUGGAUUACAAGGAUUUGUUUCAAGUUUUUCCGUUUAUUUUUCAGACGACAGUGCAAUUUGUUAGGGAAGGGCUUGAUGGUCGAAUUGUUGGAUAUCAAGAAGAGAUUUUUUCUUUGGAAAUUAAUUCAAAAAAUUCUACAACUUUUGAACGUAGGCCUGCUUCUCUUGGUGAUUUUGUCCGAGGACGAUCUACAUUUUUACCUUUUAUUUCUGAAAGAUUUAAAGUUUUGAAUUUGGAUAAAGAUUCUUGGAACUCAGAGUAUUCAGAUUUAUUUGAGGUUGCACCAGGGCUUUCACGUACAGGUAUUUUGAAGGAGUCUAAAUAUUUGGAUGAAUAUCUAUCCGAAUUUGAGAGUGUAGAUCCUAAUAAUUGGAAAUUUGAUCCUAUAGAGCUUUUUUCAUUAAAUAAAGAUGAAAUAUCGAGUUCUCGGACUGAUAAUAGACUAGAUGCUUCUUUCGAGCCAAUUGAUGAUUUUUUAUCAUCUGAGUUUUCAUUACUUUCUUCAAAUAUUGAUAUUUUGAAAUAUUCUGUAAAGCAGAAAACUAAAGAAUGGGCUCAUGUAGUUGAUAUAAAAUCUGGUUUUCCUAAUUUUUAUGAAUUAGUUCCUAAUAUGGCAUAUAAUUUUCCAUUUGAACUUGAUAAUUUUCAAAAAUUUGCUAUUUAUCAUCUUGAAAGGACUGAAUCUGUAUUUGUAUCUGCUCACACUUCUGCUGGAAAAACUGUAGUAGCUGAAUAUGCUAUAGCAUUAGCAUCAAAACAUAUGACAAAGGCUAUUUAUACAUCGCCUAUAAAAGCACUUAGUAAUCAAAAAUUUAGAGAUUUUCGUAAUACAUUUGAGGAUGUUGGAAUUUUAACAGGGGACAUACAGAUUCGACCAGAAGCUAGUUGUUUAAUUAUGACAACUGAAAUUCUUCGAUCAAUGUUAUAUAAAGGAGCUGAUCUUAUACGAGAUGUUGAAUUUGUUAUAUUUGAUGAAGUUCAUUAUGUUAAUGAUUUAGAAAGGGGCGUUGUUUGGGAAGAAGUGAUUAUAAUGUUGCCAGAAUACAUUACUUUAAUUCUUCUUUCAGCAACUGUUCCAAAUACGAAAGAGUUUGCGGAAUGGAUAGGAAGAACUAGACAAAAAGAUAUAUAUGUUAUUUCUACUCCCAAGAGACCAGUACCUUUAGAACAUUUUUUGUGGGUAGAUAAAAAAAUGUUUAAAGUAGUUGAUGAAAAAAAAACUUUUUUGGUUCAGAGUUAUAAAGAUGCAAGUAUGGUAUUAAAAGAAGAUAAGAAUAGAUUUUUUACACAAUCGAAUGAAAAUAAUAAUUAUGGCAAUAGUUUUCCACGUGGUAAAGGACAAAGUAAUUCAGAUUAUAGUGGUAAUAUUCGAUGUGUUUAUGGAAAGGGAAGAAAACCUUUAAAUAUUCACAAUUAUCAUAGAAACGGAUCCAGGUCUUUUGAAAAACAAGAUAAAAGUACUUGGGUAUAUCUUACUAAUCAUUUGCGUAAAAUUAAUUUAUUGCCUGUUGUUGUAUUUGUGUUUUCUAAGAAGAGAUGUGAAGAUAAUGCUAAUUCGUUGGUUAACUUGGAUUUGUUGAAUCAUACUGCAAAAAGUGAAGUUCAUAUUAUUAUUGAGAAGUCAAUAUCUAGGCUUCGUAUAGAAGAUAGCAGACUUCCUCAGAUUAUUAGGAUAAGAGAUAUAUUGUCAAGAGGUAUUGGCGUUCAUCAUGGUGGUUUAUUACCAAUAGUAAAAGAAAUUGUUGAAAUUUUGUUUGCUAGAGGCUUAGUUAAGAUUCUUUUUGCAACUGAGACUUUUGCAAUGGGUGUAAAUAUGCCAGCAAAAUCUGUAGUGUUUUCAGGAAUACGGAAACAUGAUGGUCAAGAAUUUCGUUAUCUUUUCCCUGGAGAAUAUACUCAAAUGGCGGGACGUGCUGGGCGAAGGGGACUAGAUACUACAGGAGUAGUAAUAAUUAUGUGUGAUGAUGAACUUCCUGAUAUUAAUACUCUUACACAUAUUUUGUUAGGAAAUUCUGCUAAAUUAAGAAGUCAAUUUCGUUUAACUUAUAAUAUGAUUUUAAAUGUUCUUCGUGUAAAAACGUUAAAGGUUGAGGAAAUGAUAAAGCGAAGUUUUAGUGAGAAUAUGAGCCAAAAGUUACUUCCUGAACAUCAAGAAGAAGUAACUCAAUAUGAAAAAAAGUUAAAUUUGUUAAAGCAGCAGCCAUGUUCUUUUUGUGAUAUCGAUUUAAUACUUUUUCAUAAUGAAAGUAUAGAGUAUUCUCAACUUACGAAAAUAUGUUAUAGAUUUUCACUUUCUUUUCCUCCUGGGCGAAAGAUAUUUUCUAUUGGAAGAGUUGUAAUAUAUCAAGAAAAUAACUUUUAUCGGUCAUUAGCAAUAUUACUUGGUGAGGCUCCUUCUUUUAAUAGUGAAAAAUGCUUUUAUGUUUUAUAUGUAAAACAGAGAGAUCUUAAAAAGCAAGCAAAUAGAUUUCCUUUUAUACCUGUUUUUUUUAUUUACGAUUUUGGAUUGGAUACUUUAGAGGUUGAACAAUUUGGAGAAAAAGUCUUAUCUCUUUCAUCAAUUGAAUGGAUUACACAAAUAGUAAUCAAGCUUGAUAUUUCUGCAAUUCGUUUUAGAACUAAAGAAUCUUAUUACAAUAUCUACGAGCAGUUAAAAAAAGCUGAGUUAUUUAAAGAUCGCAAGCUUUUAGAGUGUAAUUGGGCAAAUAUUCGAGAUUUAGAAUUUAAAGAAUUAUUUAUGAAACGGAAAUUAUAUGAACAUAAAAUGUGUAAUAGAAAAUGUUUGGAGUGUCCUGACUUUAUUUCUCAUUUUUUGGAAGCUCAUAAGAGAUACUUAAUAAUUGAGAAAAUUGAAAUAUUAAAAGAAUUGAUUUCAAACCAAAAUUUGGAACUUCUUCCUGACUAUGAGCAACGUAUUAGUGUUUUAAAAGAAUUAAAUUAUAUAGAUGAUAAUUUGAAUGUUUUAUUAAAGGGACGAGUAGCAUGUGAGAUAAAUUCGGCUCAUGAAUUAGUAUUAACUGAGCUUAUUCUGGAGAAUACUUUGGCUGAAUUUGAAUCUGAAGAGAUUGUUGCAUUACUUAGUGCUUUUGUAUUUGAAGAAAAGACUGAAUCUGUGCCUUCUAUUUCUCCUCAUCUUGAAAAGGGGAAAGAAAUAAUACUUAAUGCUGCAAAAAAGAUUAAUUUGAUUCAAGAAAAAUAUCAGGUUUUAUUUUUAUGUGACUCAUUGAAUUUUGAGAGUAAAACUCGUUUUGGUUUGGUUGAAGUGGUUUAUGAAUGGGCUCGGGGAAUGUCUUUUGAGCGUAUUAUGGAUCUUACAGAUGUUUUGGAAGGCUCAAUUGUUCGUGUUAUGACACGAUUAGAUCAAGUACUUCGGGAAUGUGCUAGUGCUGCACAUAUUAUAGGAGAUACUUCUAUGUAUUCUAAAAUGGUAGAUUGCCAAGAAAAAAUUCGGAGGGAUAUUAUAUUUUCUCCAAGUCUUUAUGUCUAA